AUGGUUGUUCAUUACAGUGAAGGAACAUUAAAAAGCAUAUCUACGGAUUCUUCAAUAUCUAAAACUCGUUCCAAGAGACCUUUUAUUGUACUAGGUUUUCUUUUAAUAGCUUUCUUAGCUGCUAUGUUAACUGUUUACAAUCAAAUAAAUGCUAAUAAUAAAAUCUGUGCCACUCCAUAUUGUGCUAAAGCAGCAAAGUAUUUAAUUGAAAGCAUUGAUGAAACAGUUGACCCAUGUGGAGAUUUUUAUCAGUUUGUUUGUGGAACAUGGAUUAAAAAUAGUCGGACACCUAAUGAUUCAACUAUAUUGGCUUUAUUGCAAACAAAAUUAGAUGAUAGUAUAAUUGAUAUAUUGACGUCAUCAUCAACUAAUGAUACAAACGAACUUAAAGCAAUAAUAAAUGCCUCUAAUUUUUAUCAUUCAUGUAUAAAUGAACAACAUAUUGAAGAUGAAGAUAUUAAUCGAAUACUUUCAUUGAUUAAUAAUGAAUUUGGUGGUUGGCCUAUUACACAAAGUUCAUGGGAUAAUUCAACUUUUGAUUUAUUAAAUCUUUUACUUAAACUACGAAAAUAUCAGAAUAAUAUUAUAUUUGAUAUCGGUACAUCAAUUAAUGAUAAGAAUUCGACAGAAUAUGCUCUUGGAAUCGGCCAAGGUGGUCUUGGAUUAGGUGAACGGGAAUAUUAUAUGAACGAAUCAAAAAUUACUGUGGCUUAUCGACGAUGUAUGUUUGAUUUAGCAUCAAUAUUAUCAAAUGAUACAUCAACAAUCGAACAAGAUGUGAAUGAUAUGUAUGAAUUUGAAAAAGAACUUGCAAAACAUUAUUGGACAAGUGUCGAACAGCGACUCCGAUCAAAUGCAACAAUUCGUACAACUGUUGGAAAACUACGACAAUUAUUUAAUACAACUUUUGACUUUACUAAUUAUUUAACUUCAGCUUAUGCAUCAACUAAUGUAACUCUCAUGGAUAGUGAUCUUGUCAUUGUAGAAGAAACCGAUUAUUUAUAUAACGUUUCAUCAAUUAUUGAGCAAGUGUCACCACGUAUAUUACAAAAUUAUGUUAUAUGGCGUUUUAUGAUGAAUCUAAUUGGCGCUUUACCAAAGCGAUUUCGAAGCAUUAAAGACAAUUUUGAUCACGUAUUCCGUGGAACUACUACUGAACAAGCACGUACAGUUAUUUGCGGACGUUUUGUAAAUAGUGUUAUGGGAUUUGCUAUAUCAAAACUUUAUAUAAAAAAAUAUUUUGAUGAUAAUGCUCGAAAUCAAACACUUGAAAUGAUUGCUAAUCUUCGAAAAGUAUUUAUUGAUAUGCUUGAAAAUUCGACAUGGAUGGAUAGUAUGUCAAAAACUAAAGCCAUAGAAAAAGCUUUAGCUAUUGAUGAACAAAUUGGAUAUCCAGACUAUUUAGGUAGUGAUAAUGUUACAGAGUUAGAAAUAUAA